AUGACAAUCUCCAGAAAGACUAUUUUACUACUUUCCAUUACUAUUGCCCUCUGUAAGUUUUUAAUGUUAUUUUCUGAGAGCCAUUAAAAUCAUUCUUCACAGGGAUCUUUUACACAUUUCACCUGCUUCAUUCGAAGAAAGCUCUGGCAGAAGAAGAGAAAGCGACGCGGAAAGAAGUUGUCUUCAAAAACGUACACAAAACUUAUCGAUUAUUGAUUUCUCCCAACGAUUCGCAGUGUUCCAGGUUCGUUUUCACAAAACUUUUAAUUAAAAAGUCUGAGGGAACAUGGGAAAAAUGAAUAAAAGUUUCGGCGCGAAAAGCUUCAGCUUCAGCCAGUGUUAGUUUAAGCGAUAUUGAAAAUAAUAAAAGGUUGUUUGCAAUGAGAAAAAAAUCAUAUAGAAAGUUCCAUCAAUACUUUUUUUCCAAUUUUCAAGCUUAAAAAAACCAUUUUUCGAUGAAACUUUUAAUGAGACAGUUAACUUACACGUCGUUAAACGGAAAUUUAGUUUUUGAAAAAUCAAGUUUCUGCAAACGCCAGUAAGUCUUAAGACCUGACCUCAUUUGAGAAAUACGCCUAUUAAAUAAAAAAAAAUCGUAUUUUCUGUAAUUUUUCAUUAAUGCAUUAAUGUCGAAAAUAGCGGUUUUAUUUUUAUUUUAAUAUUUAAAAAUAGACAGUAUGGCCAAAAAUGGUCUUGUAUGGUCAGCGGAGACGGCGCAGGGCAAACCGGACUGGUCCCUGUAGGUCUGAACUGUAACCACUGAAUAUUCCAUUAACCCUUGAGGGACAUUUUGAAAUUUCUUAGAAGAAAAAAAAUGGAAAAAUAGAAAAAAUCGAUGAAAAACUGGUUUUCAAACAUCUUCUUUUUUCCAAGCUUCUGAGAUUCGUAAAAGUUAACUAAGAAAAAUUCAAAAUUGAAAAAAAUAUGGACUUUUCAUUUUCCUUGGAGCGUUUUCGUAAGGGUCUUUUUUCAUAUUUAAAUCUCUCAAAUUUUUUCUCAUUCAAACUCUCUUGUGAAUGGACUCAAAUUCAAUAUUUUUCAAUUAAGGAAUCCAAAAGUUUUGGUUGUUGUGUUAUCAACGGCGGACAGCUAUGAUAUGCGGCAGGCGAUUAGAAAAACUUAUGGAAAUCCGAAAAUCUCCAAAUCGGUUGCGGUGAGAUUCGAAAAUGAUCGUAUUUUUCUUGUAUUAACACUUUUUUUCUAGGAAGGCAAGGCUGUCAUUAAUUUUAUCAUGUCGCAACCGAAAUCUCACGGACUCAUGCGCAAUUUAUCGAGAGAGAAUUCGACCUAUAACGAUAUUAUUGUAACGGAUUUGCCAGAAGAUUAUAAUCUAUUGCAUUUGAAGGUCUUUAGCUCUUCAUGAAAUAAUUCCCACUGAAAUUGUUAAGGUUUACGCUCUGUUGGACUUUUACCGAGAAAACUGCCUUCAAGCCGAUUUUGUACUGAAAAUCGAUCACGACGUUGCAUUGGACGUCGACCGGAUGUUGUAUUUUAUAGAUAAAGACGCCAAAACCAAUAGUAUGUCGAUUAGUGGAAUCGUCUGGCACGAAUCGAUGGCUCGACGAGAUCCCACCGAUAAAUGGUUCGAUUGUAUAAUGUUUUGAAGACUUUUUCAAAAAUAUUUUUUUGAAUUUUUACAUGCUGAGAAUUUUUUCUACUUCAGACAAAAGCUAAAGCAAAAUGAGUUCUUCAUUGGUAUUUCGCGAGUUUCUAGGUAUAUUACCAAAGAAGAGUGGGCCGGAUUUUAUUAUCCACCUUACUGCGACGGACCUUUUUAUUUGAUUGGUCGAAGCGCCGCCCAGCGACUCUUGAUUCAUGCAAAAACUACACACGCUUUCCGAUUUGAGGUUUUUUUUGGUUCGAAAGGGAAAAAACUGUUUGAAUGAAAUUGUAGGACGUGCUGUUCACAGGAAUCAUAGCCCAAAAAGCCAAAGUGCACAGAAAUCAUUGGAUGCGACAUUUGGUGCACGCCGUCGUGGUAUAA